AUGACAAAGCUUCUCCUGCUCCUCACCCUGCUCACACAGCAUGGAUUCCAGGGAAUUCGAGCGCUUUCAGAUUUAUCAGGUUGUGGAAAGCCAAUUUUUUCUGAAAGGAUUGUGGGAGGAGAAGACUCUGUUCCGGGAGAAUGGCCCUGGCAGAUCAGCCUGCAGUUCAAUGGCAUUGCCCACUGUGGAGGCUCCCUCAUCAGUGACACCUGGGUGCUGACAGCCGCUCACUGCGUUAUGGUGUCUGAGGAUACCUCUGCAUACAUAGUCUAUCUUGGGGCAUACCAGUUAUCAGACCUCCAGAACAACACAACAGUGUCCAGAGCAGUGGAAAAAAUAAUUAUCAACCCCGACUUUACAAGUGAGGGAUCCAGUGGGGACAUUGCUUUGGUGAAACUAGAGAGUCCUGUCAAUUUUACAGAUUUUAUCCUUCCGGUGUGCCUGCCAUCUCAAGCUGUCCAGCUGCCAGAGGGGACCUUGUGCUGGACCACAGGCUGGGGAAAUGUACAAGAAGAUGUGCCCCUCCCCACCCCUAAAACUCUUCAGAAGGUGAAGGUAGAGCUGAUAGACAACACACAUUGCAACACAAUGUACAACUCUGGUAGGGCCUCUAGGUCCAGCUAUAGUCUUAUCAAGGAUGACAUGAUGUGUGCCGGCUACCAAGAGGGGAAGAAGGAUUCAUGUCAGGGUGACUCCGGUGGACCGCUCAUGUACAACGUGAACGGUGUUUGGCUGCAGAUUGGCAUUACCAGCUGGGGUAUUGGAUGCGCAAUGGCCAAUCGGCCUGGAGUUUACACCAGAGUCCAGUACUACCAGUCCUGGCUUCAGCAGUAUGUGCCCUCUUUGCCGUACAGCAAUGGGGGGAGCAUUUUACUUCCAAGUAAAAUCUUCAACACAACUAAAGCCCCCAUCACCUUACAACCCAAGACCAGUAUUGUGAAGUCCACCCCGCAUGGUCAAGAGGUGGGACCCUCAACUCCCAGUGUUUUCACAAAUGUGGGCUUCACAUAUGGUGGAGCUCACUCUCAUGUCUGGUCCAUGGUCAGCCUCCUGGUGAUCCUCCUGAGCCCAUUGCUUCUGCUGUGA